GAUAAUUAUCGUGCUUGAUACAUGCGUGAUCCGCAAGCACGUUGAUAACGCGUUUCCGAACACGAAACACUGCGGCCUCGCGAGCAGCGCACAAGUGUGCAACCUAAAUUCGUAUAUUCAUUAUGGCAGAAGAUGUUGCUGCGACCGCGAAGCCACGGAAGACAGCAGUAUCGUUUACCGGCGGCAAGGAUUCCAUGACCGUGGUGAACUUGCUCAAAGACGCAUCCAUCGCGCUCGAGGCGAGCAAGGCCUGGCCUGUAGAAGUGCGGCAAGCCUGGACUGCCGACCUGAGGUCGCGGUUGGACACGCUGGCGGGCUGCGAAGUGGCGCUGCUGGUGACCUUCGUGCCGGUCGGCGCCGCGCCCUUCAAGGCCCACCCCCUGGAGCUUGUGAAGCUGCAGGCCGCAGCUCUGGGCCUGCCCCACCUGGUGAUGGAGGUGUCGGCUGCGCCAACCUUCCUGGACAGCUACCGCGAAAACAUCACCGCACUGCGGACACAGCACGGCGUGGAGGUCCUGGCCACCGGUGACAUGCUGGACGUGUGCAGCAGCUUCAUGCCGCGCGCCGCCGCCGGCACCGGCGUGCAGCUGCUCAGCCCGCUGUGGGACAUCGGCCGGCGCCUCCUGCUGGAGCUGGUGUGGGCGUACGGCAUGGAGCCGGUGAUCACCUGCGUCAACGUGACCAAGUUCCGGAUACAGAGCAAGGAGGCCGCGGCGGAGCAGCAGGCGCAGCCGGGGCAGACGGGCACAGACGCGUGUGCGGCGGCUGCCGGCAGUUCCGAGCAGGCGACAGCGGCAGCAGCAGCACCAGGGUCGCAUGGCGGCGACAGCGCUGAGCCCCUGGCAGGCACUGGCGACGGCACAGGCGCAGGCGCUGAGGCUGGGACGGCGGCUGGUGACGAGGACUGGGCGGGACGGCUGCUGGGUCAGCCCCUGGCUCGGCGGCUGCAUGCGGAGGUGCUGCUGCCCGCGGUGGAGCGGUUUGGCGUCGACGAGGCUGGAGAGUGGGGCGAGUACCACACCAUGGUCCUGGCCAGCCGCCUGUUCGCCCGCCCGCUGGCCCUGGGCGCCACCGCCCCGCAGCGCGAGGGCGACUACGCAUACCUGGCACACACCACACCGCCGCAGGCGCAGGCGCAGUAGCCGCAGUGGGAGCAGGGGCGUGGGAGUAGGAGCAGGAGCGGUAGGCCGGUUGGGGUACGGUCGCCCUACGCGCAGGUGGCCAGCAGCAGCUGGGCAGCGGCAACGUACGUGUCAGGACAGGCAGCGGCGUGGGAAGUGGGUUACGGUGGUGGGGCAGUGAUCAAUGCAAAAUGCAUGAAGCGGUGUACGCAGAUACGGACGCAGUAGAGCUGGGGGAGGGAUGGGAGCUCGGUGGCAAACGGUUUCGCUAUCGAUGUGUGAGCAAGCAGCCAAGCAAGCGGGGCUGGCGACCCGUGGUGGUCAACUCUGUGCGGUUGCGUCAGGCCGGUCUGAGAACUGAGGACUGACAAGGAUCAACGGGUGGCCCACGGCGGGCUCUGGCCAGUGCCCUGAGCCCAUCACAGUGAUGUCUCGGGUGCUAACAAAUAAACAAAUGCAAUUGGGAGACUUGAAUGACUCUCGGCCGA